AUGAGUGCGGAUACUCAAGAGAGUCAGGGCUCUGAAGACGAGGUGGAAACUGUCACCUCAAGAGAUUUUCAGUAUCCCCCUCGAGAUCAGGACUUGGGGAGAAUUGUUAGGUACAUUCACAACAAGAAAAGGCUUCCUGCAGACUUGCCUGCAAAGGUGUAUGGGUUGACAAGUGUGACAACUUACAGUAAAAAAUGCAGCAGAUGUGGAAUGAUGGUGCGAUACCAGGAAUGGGAGGAUGGCUUACAUAACUUUAAUGACAAAGUCAUUCUAACCCUCCAUUUUUGCCUCUAUCUUCGGAACUGCCUCCAGACUCACACAGCUCUGGGUCGAGCCAUCGAGACAUGGGAGCUGACUUCGGGACAGCAGUACCCAAACAAAAAUAGCCUAAUACAUGGAUACCUACAUUUUGAAGCACUGACGGGCCAUGAUUAUAACUUCUCCUGUGUCCGCUGUGGACAUUACCCUCCUGUGGUGGUCAUGGAUCUCCACAAGAGCUGUGUCUUCAGCUUGGCAGUCAGUGAACUGGAGGAUCCACCAGAUGGAUUUGAUGGGGAGGUGGACAUUGAUGAGUUCUGGGACUCUCUAUGUUUAGAGAGGAUUGCGCGUGGUUUUGUUCCAAGUGAUCGACAAAAUCCUUUUGCCGUUAAACCUACGUACCACCACUGGGCCCCGUGGAUUGGACCUCACACCCGCAAAUCCAACAAGGUGCUCAAUACGGAGCAUGAAAAGGUCCACACAACAAGGCACCCAAAAGAACAGACAGAGGUUGACAUAACAGAGGACAGGCUACUGGAUGAAAUAUCUAAUUUGAAGGUCCAUGCCAUCCGAAAGCUCUGCAGGGAGUGCAGAAUUGAUUCCCAAGGUUCCAAAAUGGAAUUGAUUCUACAGCUGAGAGAAGAAAUGAAAACUCGAAGCAAAUAUGAUCAAAUCUUUCAGAAGGUUUGGGGAGCAUCUGGUGGCUGGGCUGUUGUUAUGUGUCCCUGUGGACAGGUUGUCUCGCUGAAAUUUAACAUUAGGGCAGAAAGUCCAAGGGACUUCACUGAUUUAUUGUUAUCUUGGAAGCACAUGCCCAACAUAUGCAUAUAUUACUUUGCAAGAGGUCUGGCGGUGCAUGCUAACCUUAGAGAGCCCGAGACGAUGCCUUUCAGCCCUCAUGAGGGAAGGCUGUUGGACCCCAGCCAUGAAAACUUGCAGUGGGCAUCCAAUGGUGGUAUGGUCAGUUUACCAUGGCUUAACACUAGGAAAACUGUGCCGGACCUGGGUGGCCAUCCAUUGACUGGCUCAGCAGACCACUAUUGUCUCUACGACACGUUCCAUGAGGGAAACACUAAAGACCCAAAAGAUAUCCUCCGGAGGAUAAAGAUGGUACCUGAACUGGCAGGGAGAAUCAACAGCCAGGUUGCAGAACAGCUCUUCUCAACUAUGAAGAAAAACAACUAUUACAUGAAUAUGCUCUCGCCAUCUGCUCACGUUUUCAUGAUGCGUAAUGUUAUUCACAAUUACAAUCAGCGGAAGAACGAGAAGAUCAAGGAGGAAUUAAAGAAGCUUGUGACUCCUGAAAUUCAGCUUUGUCUCAAUGAGCAUGGUCGGGCAGAAUUCUGUGCUUCUCAGCCAACAGAGCUUAGCCCCGAACCAGUUGUUGCCUCCUCCUCUCAGCCAGCAGAAAUGGAGUUUAGCUCAGACCCAGAUCUUUCACCACCCUCUAAACGCUCAAGGUUACAGUUGCUCUCCUCAGCUGUUGACCGCACUAAUCCCAACUUUACAGUUGUUGAUUGGACACGAGAACCAAGCGCAAGACUCUGUGAAUUGCUGGACUAUGUUCUGGAUAGUGAGGGUGAUCCUGAGGAGGAAAUUGUCCAAGCCCACAACUCGAUCCUCAAAAGGUCUGACGUUUGGACUCUGGGCCUAGAACGAGAUGUUGAAGCAAUGGGCAUUGCUACCAUGGCUGUGGAUGCCUAUGUGGUGGUCACCUGGCUUCCUCCGUAUGAGGCUUCUCCCAUUGCUAAAAUGAUUUGUGACUUUGCAUCCAAAGACGUGGUGCUUCUCCCUGCCUGGCAGCCUGGGCACUGGACAUUGUGUCCACACCUUCCAGUCUCGAAGCUGUCCAGCAGGACCAGCAGGCACACCCAUCACAACAGAGGACAGGCCAUUCUUACCACCCGAAGUCCUUCAGCUUAUUAUUGA